CUUUGUAAGCACACGAGACAACUGCAUUUCUAUGGACGGUAGUUUCUUUUCAGGACACGAAGAGGAGAAUAAGUCUCUGUAAACUUGCUUUGUCGACUGUUACCAAAAAUCAGGAUUUGGACGCCGCUGUGAUUAGGAAGCUGACUUUGGCUUCUCGGUCCUGAGCGUGCUGGACAGUGGCGGUGAACUGAGAGCCGUGAUUGGUUAAGAAGGCAGGAGAGGCCUGACCAGAUUGGCUCUGGACUCCCCCUAUUACCUCACUGCAUUCUGAAGGUCUGUCUACCAAUGACGGGGCCCCUUACUGGAAAAACCAACUGCUGGAGAGUGCCAAGAGUCCAUAACAACGCCCUUUUGAAGUCAGACGGGGUGAGACAAAAGGCAGCUCUCUGGCGGAGCGUCUAUGCCGCAGGACGAGAAGAAGAUUAGGAUGGAUACCCCACCCCCCGACCGGGCCCUAGGAAAGCAAAACAAAACCCUGCAACACCAGGUGGACGAUGACGAACUGGGGUUUAAGGAAAUGGACGGUCUGAAAGAAGCUUUGGCCAACCUCAGGGGACUGUCCGAAGAGGAGAAGAGCGAGAAGGCAAUGCUCCGCUCCCGCAUCCAAGAGCAAUCCCAACUCAUCUGCAUCCUGAAACGCAGAUCGGAUGAGGCACUCGAACGCUGCCAAAUCCUCGAGAUGCUCAAUGCGGAGCUGGAGGAAAAGAGGAUGGAAGAGAUGGAGAAGUUGAAGAUCCAGAGUGAGCACACCCAGAAGCUGGAAGACCGCUUUAUGACUCUGGCAGCCAACCACGAGCUGAUGAUCCGCUUCAAGGACGAACACAAGAAUGAAAACGUGAAGCUAAAGGAGGAGAACGAGAAGCUGAGGCGGGAGAAUAGCAGCCUCUUCAGCCAGGCUCUGAAAGACCAGGAGGCUAGGGUGCUGCAGCUCACAGCACAUAACAAGGCCCUGGCAGAGGAAUUGGAAGUCUUGAAACAGAGAUGUGAUCAUGAUGCCAGCGAGGCAGAGGCCCGAGAGAAAAAGCUGCUGGGUCUGCAGAACCAGCAGGCUUGUGCCCAUGCCAAGGAGACAGAGCAGCUGCGCAGCCAGCUGCAGAGCCUCAAGCAGAGACACCAGCAGACCGUGGAACAGAUGGCGAAGGAACAGGAGGCGCAUAGCAGCCUGAGCGAGGAGCUGCAGGCCAGGCUGCAGACUGUCUCGAGGGAGAAAGAAGAGCUGCUGCAGCUGUCCAUGGAGAGGGGCAAGGUACUCCAAAACAAACAGGCUGAGAUCCGCCAGCUUGAGGAGAAGUUGGAGACAGCAGCCAUGGCCAAGAAGCAUGCGCUAGAACGCUUUGAGCAGGAGGCAGUGGCCGUCGAUAGCAACUUGAGAGUUCGCGAGCUUCAGCGCAAGGUCGAUGGGAUCCAAAAAGCUUAUGAUGAGCUGCGUCUCCAGUCAGAAGCCUUCAAAAAGCACAGCCUGGAUCUUUUAAGCAAGGAGAGGGAACUUAAUGCCAAACUCCGCCAUCUCUUUCCAUAAGGAAACUCUGCUUCCCGUUGUCUCCAGUUACUAACUUCAAAUAUUUGUGCCUUACCAUUAUGGCAAAAGCAAAGAUAAUUCACUUACUAUACUUUUAAGUACAAAAAUCACUUUACUAUGAGUUGUUGUUACUGUUGUUGUAAAUGUUAAUGUUAAGUUCUACCACCUAGAAUACAUUUAAGAUUAACCAGAGUCCCCUCUGUGCCUUUGAAGUUUUCUUAAGGUUAUCCGUAACUUCUACCUCAUAACGUACUCAUUCUCAACCCCAGACACCUUCCUAUAGUGUGAAGAUUUAUGAUUUAAAGGAUCCUAAAAUGAAAGUGCUAUCAUGAAAAACAGGAAAACGUAGCCCAUUAGCCACUGCAGAAUGAUAGGUUUGUCGGAGCUCUGUAGUUGAGAUUAACAAAAUAAAAUAAAAACAAAAACAAAACAAACAAACAAACAGCUAUCAGCAUGGUAGAACAAAUACUCUGCAGCAAAAAAGUCUGAUUGAAUCUAAUGUCGUAUUAGCUUGGUUAAAUCAUACACUUGUUUACCAAAGCAUGAAAGCCAGCUCUGUUACACUCAUUGUGUUGAGCCUAAAGAUUCAAGUUGGUUAAGUCAACCAAUUUUAAUAUUUUCUGCAAGUUUAGCUGAGUUCCACUUUCCUGGUUUUCUCCUUAAUAACCGAUAGGAUUUAGAGGUGCUCUAUUGAGACCCAGUGGCUUCAUUUUCCAUUUUGCAAUAUUCUAGUAGGUAAAAAAAAAACUCAGUUUGGGGUAACUGGUCAUAGUAGAUUGAGUUUGAUUUUUAUGGUAGCUUAUAUAUUGCCUUCUGUUUCUGUCAAUACAUUUUCUUGCAAUUAACUUGUGUGUGUUUAAAGUCUAAGCUGAAUGUGUAUAUGUUUACUUAUGGCAUUUUUGUGGGAAUAAUUAAGUUCUGUAGAAAUAGUGUUUUAAUACAGUUAAAUGUAGAUGAAUAUAAAGUUUUUAAGGAAGUAAAGUCUUCAAGUUAAUUUCCAGAAUAUAAAUUAUUUUCUUUCCCUCAUAUUUAGUCAUUACGUACACAAUUAUGAAUAUCUAUAAGAUGGAUUAUAGUAUAGUCAUUUUCCUCAUUCAUUUGGUGCAAGUACACCAAAAAUUACAUAGCAAGUUUGAUUUACUGAAAAACUUUUACUUGUGGGUUUUUGUUUGUUUUUUUUUUUUUUUGCCUGUUGUUGUUAGUUUGUUUUUUUUUUUCUUGAGAGAGAGAGAGAGGCAGGCUUAUAUAGCCCAGGUUACCCUUGAACUCAUUAUGUAGACAUCACAAUAUAGAUGAAGAAAGAAGAAUGGUUAUAUGUGAUUGUUGUAUAUCAAAUAUUUAAAAAAAAUUAAGACUUUUGAUGUGUGAGUGCUUUGUCUGAAUGUAUGUAUGACCAUGUAUAUUCCUGUGUCCAAGGAGGUUAGAAGGCCUCAUCAGAUUCUCUGGAAUUGGUGUCAUGGAUGGUUAUAAGCUACCAUGUGUGUACUGGGAACUGAACUAGGGUCCUUAGCAAGAGCAACAAAUGUCCUUAACCACUGAGUCCUUUCUCCAUCCCUCACUGUGUAAACACUUUUCGUUUCACCCUCAGACAACUCAAGAGAGGAUGUGUUGUCACUAUUUUAUAGAUGAAACAGUGAGACUCUAAGAGGGUGGCUUAUCUAAAGCUGCAAAGCUUUAGGCAGACAGAAGUGAGAUUGAAACUGAAGGCUAUUAGGCAGGGUGCCAUGAGACUCCCUGACUUAUUUUAAAUCUUUAUUGUCACUGUCAUGAAAUUACUGUUUUAACACAGGGCCUCAUAAUUUUAUUAUUGUGCAUGGCAUUGCCAGUUGAGUAAGCAAGUCUGCUCUCUGCCUCUAAAAUCCAUGUUUUCUCCCAGUAUAUGUUACCUUCAAAACACACACACACACACACACACACAGAG